GUGUAUUCUCAUAUUCAUAUAAUAUGUGCAAGUUAAAAUCAAAAUUGAGAAACAUAUUAUUUGGCAUUUAUUAGUGCGAUGCAACUAUCUGCAGGGUUAACGUCAGUGUUCUGUAGCGAUCUAAUUCUAACCUAUAGUCUAUUUUUUGCAUUUCGCUUGAAGUAAGAUGGACAAAAUUAUAUCCACAGUCAAUAUUCGUUAGGAAUUUCUCAAAUAUAUAAAUUAUGUAUAGAAAUGAAUUGCGCAGUACGCCAUCUUGAUGUUAUAGAGGACGCUUCUAGUAUGUUCGAAUCGUUUGAAUCUUUCUGACAGAUGAAGUGUGUUUUGCUCAAAUAGCUUCUUUUUUCGGUGUUUUAUUAGUUAUUAGUGUCAAUAUGAAGUGUAAUAAAUAUAAUAGUGAUAAAUAAUAUAAAGAUCUCCAGAAUGACUGUUAUCCAGUAGCAAUAGCUGAACAGCAGGACAAAUGACAGGGACGAUGGUGUAUCCUAGGAAGACGGGAGAUAAUAAUAUGAAAAUGAGAAAGAGAGGAGAGAAUCGUUCGUCAGGAGGAAAUACGGGUGUUAGGAGGACUAGGACGCAGAAUGUCGAGCGGCGACAAGGCUUCACCGAGCCUGACCAUCGAUCGCGCCGCAUUUCUCCUGCUGAGGGUGAAGAAAGCCUUCAGGAAGAAGAAGCAACAGCGAAAGGAGAAGAGUAUUCCUACGGUAGAAUGCAAACCGGAAGGCAGAUCAACGAGAGGUUCUGGAGGACGUCCUGCACCACUCUUGCGAUCCAGGACUCUACCAGCCAUCGUUGCGCCUGGAUUAAGUAUUCUGCAAGCCCAGAUCGAUGCUCGUUACAAUGCAACUUCAACGGGUCUAUCCGUUCCAUCCCCUGCAGAGAGCGGAAGUUCCGCAAAACGUGGGAGUACCGCUUCCCAUUGCACCAAGUUGCUCACGCCGAGGAUAUCUUUUACGAAUGACACGAUAGAACGUCGCGUUUCAGAUUCUGGAGCAGAAGCGAGAGAAUCUUCGAAGGAACACUCGACAAGAAGCAGUAGAUUAUUGAGCACCUCUAGUAUCGGUGGUUCUCAACCUUUGACCAGGCUGGCCAGGCUCUUGAACCAAAGACCGAGCUUCACUCCUAGCGAUGAAAUCCCGCGAAGACUCUCCUGGGAAAGACGAGACUGCAGCACAACUAGUUCGUGCCUUCCAAGAAGCAGUUCAAUCGACAGCGUGGCGGAAUGGAGUGCCACCGGAGGGGUUGGAACUGUCAGUACCAGUAGCACCAUGAACGCUGGCAGUAGUUAUGGACUUUUCGUUGAUCAACCACCACCGAGGAGGAGUCCGAGUCCCCUGUUGGGUGCCAGAGGUGACAGACUCAGCCUCGUCUCGCCAAACAUCGGAAGAAGGGUGAAGGGUCAGAGAGCGGUACUGGUUUCUGUUGUUUGUGUUCACCCAGAGCUGUACUCUUUACAAGGGAUGGAGUUCCUGGAGGGUUUCGGGAAGAAAAAGCAGCAACCCCAUCAACAAUCGAACAGUAUAUCGUCGGUGCACAUCAAUCCCCUAUCGGCACAGUCUCUCAACAUACAUCUGCAUGCGCUAUUCGCAGCCGUGGAACAUGGUCAUCUCGACAAAGCCAGAACAAUUUUGGAAUCGACGGACGUGGAUGUGAACAGCGUGAACAGCGACGGUCUAUCACCCCUGGAUGUGGCGGUGCUAAGCAACAACAGGCCACUUGCAAAAAUGCUGGUCGCGUUUGGUGCACAGGAGGGUAAUCAAUUCAAGUCUCCGGAGUCCCUGGGCAGCCAUUUGGCUUCGUUGUUGUCAGAGGCGGAACACAGAGUUCAAGAACUCGGCGGGAGUACUUCCGGUAGCGGUGGGACCACCCUGUUGGAGCCACCUACCAGUCAUAGAUCAAGUUUUUCGUCGCAGCACAAUAAUCUCACGGGAUGCGGUGGUAGCGCGGAGGACAAACAACUUGCUCUAUGGGAAAGAAGGGCCAGAGCUCUUAGGAAGAUGCUUCUUGGAUUUGAUCAAGCGAGACCACCAGAUAUGCCAUUUUUGGUAGCGAUCGAUGUGACAGGAACAAAUUCCGUAACGGUGAGGUUCCAAGAACCAGAUUCUCACGAUUCUCCAAUCUGCACCAAGUUCAAGGUUCAAUGGAGCAGCAAAGAAGACUUUUCGGCGAUCGGUGGAGAGAGAGAAGUUCUGGACAUGAAACAAAGAGAAUGCAGGAUCGACGAUCUAAUCCAGGGACAAAAGUACUAUUUUCGAGCCGCUGCCGGCAACUUGAAAGGCUACAGCAGAUUCAGGAAUUCCACACCCGCCCACGUUACACCUAGCAGCUGGAGAGACAUCGAUGGCCGAGUGCCAAGAUUCGCUGGCCGAUUGGAACAAUUGAAUACUCUGUUCACGGAUAUAAGACGACCGGAGUACACUCAAGAGACCCCGGCGGUGCAGCGGCGUAAUCACAAGAAGAAGACAACGAUAAAGCAGCUCUUCACGGCGACCAGUAAAUUUCAGAAGAACCUCAGACGAGGAGUAUUCCUCGCUUGCUUGCUCUAUCACGAGGACAAAGUGCUAGUGACUAACGAGGAUUUUUUACCCGUGAUCGAAGUCGACGAAACUUAUCCCAGCUGUAUCUACAACGAUUUCCAUUGGCUGAUGAAGGUGGCCUGCACGUGGGACGAUGUCAAAACACUUCGCCAGGACAUGGAGAAAAGUCACAGCAGCUCAACGAAUCAUUUCAGGAUAAAAUUGUUACAGGCAGCUGCGCAAAUGCAGGCAGCACUGUGCAUACAGGACCUUGGACAACUGUAUCACAAACCUAUCCGAGAUAUCCAAGGCACUCUAGUUUUCUCCACAGUGAAUUAUAUAAAAUCCCCAAAAUUGAUCUCGGUAUUGAACAGCAGAUGGUUACCUCUUAGUAAAGUUACGAAGAAAGUUAUACCUCACGAAGACAGUAACGUAGCGGAUAUUUUAAUAUCUAGUAUACAGGAACAGAUGACUUAUCAUCAAGUUAGCAGUAUUAAAUUAUCGAAGGGUCUUUAUCUUGGCUACCUAAAGAUGCAAAGUAGCGUGGAUCUCAUUCAAGUGGUGGUACCCGCAAAAUCGCCCAAUGUUUUACCUCACUGUAAAAUUCGUGAUAAUCCUCAUGUUUCUGCAGAAGAAUGGGAUUAUCUGAAAAGGAUAACUCGUAUGUACGCGUCGGACGUUUCGGUGAAAGACUCUGAAGAGAAAGAGAACGUUACCAACGAAUUGCAAGGAACCGAGCAACAGAAAUUGUUCGUUGAACUAGUGUCUGCCACCGCGAGACGAUUGUUCAAUUACAUGGAGAUCAACCCCGAGGAUUCCUUAGUUCAUCGACUCUACGAUGCCGAAGUAAUCGACCUUACUCACGAUGUGUCGUUCCUGAUCGCUGUACCUCCUGCGGAGACAGCCUGUUGUGUACCUGGAACGAGGGAGAUCCUUCUUCAGCGCGGUGAUCUCCUAUCGUUACCCAUUCAAGUAUUCGAAAUGGUUCAUUUAAAUACGUAUCAGAAAGACGUAAUCAACAGAUACUCGAGAUUGAGUUGUAUUUUGGAGCUUGAUACCGCGCAAGCGCAACACAAUCACAGAGAAGCCUUUAGCUCUUUGGAAUUGAGCGUAGCAAAGGAUAAACUGGCGAGGUUACAGGAUCUUCAAACUCAGGUGAAUACAGUUUGGAAGGGUGCCAGGUGGCUUAUAGAUGUGAUCACCUUUGCAAGGGAUCGUGGAUCCUCCCAACAAAGCAGUACAUCGCAAACUGUCGGAAUAUCAAUGAAACACCUUCUUAGCCUCGAUAGAAACAAAAGUAACAGCAACAGUAACAGCUUGAAAAGGAGUUUGCUACAGUUACCACCACGCGAUCCAAAACUUGUUAAAUCGAGCCCAGGUCGAGGUAGUUGGCCAGGACCUAACGUGACAAAUUCGUCUUCGAAUCUACUCACGACAGAGUUCAGUAAAAGCGAACAACAAUUACCCAGCGGCCAAUACGUUCGCAAAGGCAGCAACACGUCAAACGUAUCGACUGGAUCGGAACCGCAAAAGUCCUCUAUACCCAUGAGCAGCACCAGCAAUCUGACCAAUACGACCAGCGGUGGCAGCAACAAUCAUUUGGUACCGUUGCAAAACACCAGGUUACCGCCUUCUAAAUCCGAGGACACACUGAUCCUAACGAAAUACAAACACAGCCCCAGAAAUAGGUCGGCCACAAUCACGUCCGCAUCAGCGAGCACCAGUCCUUUGCUCAGCAUCAAACCCAUGAUUUAUGGCGGCUCGCUUUUAAGCGUAUCGACCGCCAUGACAAACACCACCAGUCUACUAAGCGUCAGCAAUACCAAUUCUGACAGUUUACAUUCGCUUAGUAGCGACGAAUACUCGACGCCAAACUCGAGUGUUUGCAUAAAAAGCGGUCACGUUAAGAGCAAACCAACGAAACCUACAGCCAGUGUCGCAGCCAUGGCGACUGGGUCACUGGAGAGCCAAUUGGAGGAAGAAAAGGACGAGGCAACGAUGAUGCCGGCUCCUUUACCUGGUAUUCUUCAGGUUUACGCGGCCUACGAGACUGGCCUGGCUUCUGGAACCAGCCUAAAAUUACAUGUGACACCAAGAACCACGGCCAGAGAAGUUGUGAACUUGGUGGUGAAGCAGUUGAACAUGGCAGUAGUUCUGAAAGGACAAGAAGGUCCUAUUUACACAGCCGACGAGCUACCAAAUUUCUGUUUGGUCGCUGUGAUCGGUGCCAGGGAACGUUGUCUGAGGGACGACUUUAAACUUUUGCAAUUGCAAAACCCCUGGAAAAAAGGCAGGCUGUACGUGAGGCAGAAACAAGACGUCCUUGCAGCUCUUGAGCACAGUAGUAAACACACCGCGUAUUUAUAGCAUAAGUAAAGUAUGACAGAAACAGGAUACGAUUAGAUAAAAGGGAUCGCGACGAAGAAAAUCCCUAUCAGUAUAAAAAACACUCCGUCUCGUACAUAAUUGGCGAUAGCAGCCAAAGAUUUAUCGAGUUUAACGCGUCUCUAUUCCCUGUGAUAUUUUUGCGAUUAGAUUCUAUGUAUUAAGGCUUUUUGUUCUUCAAAUUUCACUCUUUUUUUUUUUUGACUUUGAUUCGUCGACAAUUUGCAAGGUAUAGAACGCGUUAAAAUGUAGACAAAAGAUGACAGGAGAAUUCUUGAGUUGUACCUCCCGAGGCUCUAAGUAAAUCACACGUAAUUAAUUAGAUGAACAAAAGAAACGAGCGACCGGUCGUCUGACGGACAAGGAUUAAAAUUGUAUUUAGCUGACCCGUAUGUACAUUCCAACCGAGUUUCGAUUCGACUACGACCUAAGUAGUUUGUAAAGGAACGAAUAAUACUCAAGGUAAUAUUAUAUACUGUUAUAUUUUAGCUACCGAUCUCAAUGUUUAACUCGAUAUACGCGUCGCCGAGUGUAAACGCGUCAAAUGCUUCGAAGAUCUCGUUCGUCUCAAUUGUAUAUUCGACGUGCCCAAGUUAUUGUCGGUUCAGAUCCUCGUGAUCCGGCGUGUAUUCCGUUUAAAAAGCUUGGACAUUUCGAACGGACUGAGAGCACAAACGUACGAAUUUAGGGAAGAUUUUGUAUUUAUAUUUUUAAAUUCAUGUAAAUGCGUAUAGAGCGAUUUAUUUUUAACAAGCUGUGUUCUGCUUGAUCGUCACUUUGCUAGGAGAGUCGAUCGAUUCUCUACAUAGGCAUCGUUCUGUUCUCGACGAGGUGCGCAAAGAGAUUCUUGUCCGAUUGUCUUUCGAUGGGAACAAUGCAAGCAUUCUAUGAAAUUAAUUCGAGGCGCUUAGCUUUGGCGCAGGGAUUCUCAAUGUUUCAUUUUUCAAAGGUGCACGAUUCAAAAGCUCCAUAGCUUUGAAUUUCUGAAAUAUUGGAAUUCUAAUUUUGAGAAUCUCUGCUCUAGAGAGUAACGAACGAGGAUUGUAGCGCGAAGAACGAGGAUACGUGAUUCAGACGAAAAUAAGAGGCUUUAUAGACUGUUGCGUAGUUAACGAGAGAGUAUUACUAUCGUUAUUAAGAUUUUUAUUCUUGCUGAGAUUAACCGCGACUGUAUUUCGAGCGUAGAGCAAGCGUUUUUCUUACGUCCAUUCUUGAUGCGCGAAGAAUCGGUGUGUAUAUUUUAUUAUACGAGAUCGCUGGCUCUCUUUCGUAUUCUCCUAAAUCAAUUCUACUAUAUUUUAUAUUUGUUUACAGUACAAGCAUUGUAUACUUCUGUUUCCUGUUUUAUCGACGAAGCUGAACGCAAUUUGUAAACUUUCUUUUGGAGUCGAAGUUCUUGCUGGAGUUCUGAGCAUUUCCUGAAAUCGUGACUUAGAAGACACAUUGGUGAUAAAUUAGAUGCAAAGUGGAUUGUAAAAUACACCAUAUACGCAUGGCACCACUGUCCAGUAAUCCAAAACUUUGUAGUCAGAAAAAUCAGACUGCAGAGAAUCAAAAACUAUAGAAAUAAAAAUUGAGAAUUUAAGCAAUUGGAGUUUAAAAAUGUAAUCCGGAUACUUUAUUUUAUUGGAGUUCAAUUGUCAAAUAUUGUAAUCGUCACACGAUACAAAUAUUAAGAUCCGUCCUUUCCCGGUAACGACAAAUUUUUCAAAAUUUAGAUCGACAACGAUUGAACAGUGGUAUCGUGUUUCGUGGGGGCCAGCUAAGUUCAAACAAGAAUAUACGAUGCACAUAUUUUUUUAUCGAGAAAACAAAAGAGAGGGGAAACACGU